GUCAGUGGAAGACAAGAGGCUGGCAUAUACGAGGACCCCACCUCUCUUGAGUCUGCGCCUGCUGUUUCUGUGGGCGGUCCGAGGUUGCUUCUUACCACUCGAUCACACUAUCCGCCCUCAGAAACACUUUACACAGCCGACGCGAACAGUCGACCAGCAGCUGCUGUAUCUACUUUCUCUUGCCUAACUUCGGCCUCUCCCACCACAUUUAACUCCUCACCUUCCUCAGCCUCUUCCCCUGCAAAUAUUUACUCUGCUGUUCACACUCAUCCUGAACACUCCCGGCCGCAUGCUUCCGUCCGACCUAUUCCUAGCCAACAGCCAAAUCUCCACCAGUAUACUACCAGUAAUCCUCUGCUUCAGGAGAGACCAGAGUCCAAUCAGCCUCCACAAUGUGGACCCUUAUCUCCAGGCGACGUAAAGGCCAUAUACACUCGAGUCAACAAGUCAGCGUUUUGUGCAGGUGGCGUCGGCCCUGUGGGCUGCUCCAGGCCUUUGGCCAAUGGAAACUUGACAGAAACAGAAGCUGCAAUUAAGGCUGGCGGUUCCUCCAUUGCCGUCGGGAGCGGCGAAAGGCGUCAGCUGAACUGGGCAGAUUCGAUAAUACAGACACGGACUCAGGCCCAGCAGGCUUCGUUGCCUUGCGGAACCACAAGAGGUAGCCUGACUCCAUCCUGA